UAUGGGAGCAGAGGAGUCGCCCCCUGCUGGUCACUACACAGAAGUAGAGUCAUUUCCUCAUAGACGUCUAUGGGAGCAGAGGAGUCGCCCCCUGCUGGUCACUACACAGAAGUAGAGUCAUUUCCUCAUAGACGUCUAUGGGAGCAGACGUGGCUUCUUGUUGUGAACUGAAUAAAUGCAGCAGAGAGAAGUGAACAUUCCGUGCUGCUGUAGAAGAGGGACUUCUCACAAGGACUUGAGGAUGAGAAGGAGGCCUUCAGACUUCUAAUUAUACUCAAUGUAGUUGUUGUUACCGUGGAAACUCAGAACCGGUAGAUAGUUUACAACUUGGUCCUGAAAAAAUAUAAAUCCUAACAGCGGCCAGUUUAAUCUACAAUGGGUGGACUUUGUAAUCUGCAUGCGUGCGGUCAUGUUGCUGCAGAUGUAUUUUUUUAUUUGUUUCUGUCGAGCAGCAUGUCAGCGCGCUCGACAUUCCCAGCUCGGGUGUCGGGUUCGCAUUCAGAGCGCCUGUUGGGGAUCCUGCAUGUGUGCUGGUUCCUGGUACUGGUCUGUGUACACGGCAGCGUGCUCCACAGCGUGCACAGUACAGUGGAGUUAAACACACUCCUGUAGUGUGUGUUUGCUCUUAUAAACAGUGCCACCUUAUUAUUAGAAAUAACCGUUAUGUUAAUGAUGAUACAAAAUAAUGAUCACUAUCUUUGGUAGAGCGAUUCAUUGAAUCCUUAUCAAUGAUUACUUACAUCUGGAGUCAUUUUUUAAAGAAAAAAUUACUUCAUUCAUUCUCAUUUUUCUUUAUUCGCGGUUUGUUUUGUUUUCUGUGACAGUAAGUAAAUAUUUCUGAAUUAUGGAGAAAACCUGCAGAAGAGAGAGAGGUGAUAAAUGUUAAUCAUCAAUUAAUCAGACUGCUUUUAAUGCAGUUUGUGACUUCAUCAUUUAGUCAUUCAAACAAUUAAAUCUACAGCUUGUAUAAAUAAAAAUAAGGUGAGACUUUACAGAGGGAAAAUGUCUCAACUACGGAUCAUUGUCAUUUUAAUUCAUCCUCUGAACCUUUGAACUGUCUAAAGAUGCUCAUCAAUGUUCAUAUAUAUUCAAAGAUAUUAGAGAUAUUUUUACAUCUGAUGAGCUGGAAACCUUUCGCCGUGUGUCUGAUGUAUUGAUAAGCGUCAGAAUACUGGGACGAUUUAUCUGUGACCUCGGUCAUUAGCCGGAUUACAGCAGGUCGAUGCGUCACUGUUAGCCUCUCGUUAGCCGCUCGUUAGCGGGAUUAGGGCACAGGCCAUCUGUCCCGCUGGACACUUAAAGCUUCAUCUGCUUGUUUACUCGAUGAAUCCAUGAAGAUACAUCGGAGUCACUUUACUCUAACUAUUUGGACCCAGAUUGGGAUUCUGUGGCAAAACCAGAUAAGAAUGUUGGAAGAGGAAGCUGUUCAAAGGCUUAUCAACCGUCCCCAUGAAGACAGGGGUCCGCCGUGACCUCUGACCUUUGACCACAGUAUGAGGACACAUGCAGGGGUUAAAGGAGGUUGCAGCUAUGGUUUCAGUGUUAUUUAUAAUAUAAUAUAUAAUAUCGUCCACUUCACAAGGAACACCUGUAAAAAGUAGUACAACAGAUCAGUCUUCUUGUCUUACGUGUUAUGGGUCAUGGUUUUAACUUUAUAACAACAAUGAAUAACCCGCAAUAAACACUCUUUAACCCACAUAAACCAUUUGUAACAUUAAUAGUUGUAUUUUUAUCAAAUUACCCAGCAAAACUGCAUGCUGGGUACAGCUCACAACAAGAAGUAGCUCUGUCCACGUAGGUGAGGACAUCUUCACAGUUUGUAGGAUUCAUAGGACAGUGAUAAAAAUCUACAUUAUUAACCAAACUAAAAAACCAAAACCAGUAGAUUGGAUCAUGUAAGUUAUUUGGGGUCAAUGACAAACAUCAGUUACCCUUACCAUUACACUGAAACAUUUACUGCUCGCUAGCAUCGAGACAAACUUCCACCAAUCAGCAGCUCUGGUUUGAAGAAACCUCCGGAACCCUUUUGGUUUGUGUCGGGUCGACCCUCUUUGUCUCCUCAGAACACUGAGGUCACGUGUCUGAGAUAGUCGCUCCUCGGCCUCCGUGGGACGGAUUCCAAUCGCUUUCCAGUAUUUUGGGAGCUUGACGAGCGUGUUGGGAAACCAUAACCCUGCCUGGUGUCCGUCUCAUGUGACGCUCGGUAUGUUAAGGGGGGACAUCGAUGGACACACCGUGUCCUCUGAGAGGCCGGACCCUCCUUCAUGUCGUUCACAGGCAAAGUGGGCGAGCCGGUCUUCUCUCCGGCUCACGGUGGCUCUCAGACGACGUCGCCCGGCGCGCUGCCUCGACUCCGCAACCACAACCUGACGGGAGGCCCGAGAGCUGCCAUGUCGCAGGCCGUCCAGCUGUCGUCUCAGUCUCAGGUCACCCAGCUGUACGAGGAGAACACCAACAAGCGUCCGGUGCUGACCUCCCAGCCCAACGGCCUGGCUCCUCUCGGCUCCACCCGGCCGGGCCUCCCGCUGCCGGACCGCCAGCCCUCCGCCCCAGAGCCCCCCCACCACUGCCGGCAGGGCAGCGCCUCUUCCAACAAGUCGACGGAGGGCAAGCCGAAGCCGCCCUGCCUGUCACCAGAGCAGGCCAUGAAGCAGUUCAUGUCCAAGAUGUCCUCUCUGGAGCACCACGAGGUCUUCAGCUACCCCGAAGUGUAUUUCGUCGGCCCAAAUGCUAAGAAGAGGUCGGGGGUCCUGGGCGGAGCCAACAACGGCGGCUACGAUGACGAUCAGGGAUCCUACAUCCACGUUCCACACGACCACAUCGCCUACCGCUACGAGGUCCUGAAGGUCAUUGGCAAGGGCAGCUUUGGACAGGUGGUGAAGGCCUUCGACCACCGGUCUCAGACCCACUUGGCCCUGAAGAUGGUCCGCAACGAGAAGCGCUUCCACCGCCAGGCAGCAGAGGAGAUCCGCAUCCUGGAGCACCUGAGGAAGCAAGACAAGGACUCCAGCAUGAACGUCAUCCACAUGCUGGAGAACUUCACCUUCCGCAACCACAUCUGCAUGACCUUCGAGCUGCUCAGCAUGAACCUGUACGAGCUCAUCAAGAAAAACAAGUUCCAGGGCUUCAGCCUCCCGCUGGUCAGGAAGUUUGCCCACUCCAUCCUGCAGUGUCUGGACUCUCUGCACAAGAACCGCAUCAUCCACUGCGACCUGAAGCCCGAGAACAUCCUGCUGAAGCAGCAGGGACGCAGCGGCAUCAAGGUUAUAGAUUUUGGUUCCAGCUGUUACGAACAUCAGAGAGUUUACACCUACAUCCAGUCCAGGUUCUACAGAGCGCCGGAGGUCAUUCUAGGCUCCAGGUACGGGAUGCCGAUCGACAUGUGGUCCCUGGGCUGCAUUCUGGCCGAGCUGCUGACCGGCUACCCGCUGCUGCCGGGCGAGGACGAGGCCGACCAGCUGGCGUGCAUCAUCGAGCUGCUGGGCAUGCCGAGCCAGAAGCUCCUCGACGCCUCCAAGAGGGCCAAGAACUUUGUGUCAUCCAAGGGCUACCCGCGCUACUGCACCGUCACCACGCUGCCCGACGGCACCGCCGUGCUCAACGCCGGCCGCUCGCGGCGGGGGAAGGUGCGCGGCGCGCCUGGCAGCAAGGACUGGAGCGCGGCGCUGAAGGGAGCAGACGACCCGCUGUUCUUGGACUUCCUGAAGCAGUGCCUGGAGUGGGACCCGGUGCUCAGGAUGACGCCCAGCCAGGCGCUGCGCCACCCGUGGCUGAGAAGGCGACUCCCCAAGCCGCCGACGGGAACCGCGCCAGGGGACAAGACCUCCUCCUCCUCCUCCAAACGCGGCCCCGCCACAACCGCCGACGGCGCCAUAACCUCCUUGUCCAAGCUCGCCACCACCUCCUCAACCACCGCCUCCUCCUCCAAAACCAGGACUAACUUGGCGGCGAUCACCGACGCCAACGGGAACAUCCAGCCCAGGACGGUGCUGCCCAAGCUGGUGAGCUGAGAGCGGGCGCAACCCCAACGCUCGCCGCGCUGGGAGUCAUGAGGCCGUGCUCGUGAGCUAAACCGCCCGGGAAACCAGUUUGGCUGCUCAGACAAUCAGCACACUCCACCCUGUAGCUCCGAAACACUCCGAAACACGUCAAACAACAUGGUGCUGAGGGAGGGAACAAAGCUUUUCUUAUGUUUUUACCACAGAAUGUUUUUAUCUGAUAAAUCGACACCAAAAACAACUUUCUUAUAAUCUGUCCUACAAGGUUUUAUCUGCUUACCGUUGAAGAUGUUUGUGCUUUAGUGACAAAUAAGUCAGAUAUUUCCUUGUAAUACUUAAAAAACAGCUGCACAAAAGGUAACGAUUAGCAUGCUAAUCUUUGUCUCAUAUCACUACGAAAUCAUUUUGUUAUGGAUCAGUUUAGGGAACAUGUCGCACUUGUCAUUACUUGAAUGACAAUGAAUCAAUCCUAACUGAACCAUCGACCUGUUAGCGGGCUAACUUUCUUAGCUAUCUGUUGUUUUAAAGUGUGUAGUUGGCUUGUGUUGACAUGCUAGCUUGGUGUCAGUCAGCUGGCUAACUGUUGACUGGUUAAUUACCACUAGUUAGUUGUUUAUUUGUCUUAUGGUGUCACUUUGCUAACAAUUUACAAACUUUGAAGCAGUCAGCUACCUGUAGCUGGCUAACUAUUUGCCUUUUUUGGCAGUCUGGUGGCUAGCCUUAGCCUUUUCUUAGCCAUAGCCUGUUAGCACUGCCCAGCCUUACGAUCACAGACGUAGGAGAGUUUUUAAGCCUUUUAUUUUUUGUUUUAAGAAGGUUAGCAAGAAGAGAAGAGUUGAUUGUGUGAUCGGAUUAAGUCCCAUCCAUUUUCUUCCUUCUUUGAUCAAACAAACCUGAUCGAUAAGGAUAUGAAAGGGCUGUGAAGAUGGGAAUGAAAAAGAAGUUUAAUGGGCAGGGACAGUCAUGUUAAAAUCAAAGGCCCUGAUCUGAAAAGAAAUGGGAAGGUCAGCAACCAAAGUCUGAAAAAAUAUAACUGUGGCUGCAGUUUUCAAUCAGCUAAACCCAAGGUACAUUGACAUUAAAUCAAUGACAACCUCAAAGACACGAUGGCAAAAUAACUAUAUAAUGGUUGUCAACUUCCCACUAUUCAGGACCAUUUGCUUUGAAAAUAUUUUAACAAUUGAAGCCAUUUUCAAAUGGACACUUUGAUGAAUUAUUGCUAAAUGGAAAGACAAGCUAAAUUUUUUUUUUUCAGUGUGCUGAUAAAACUCUUCGUCAGCACAAAACAAGUUGCUAAAUAUAUAAAUCUUCCAUAAAGAUGUAGCAUCCACAGCUGGAUGUGUUUCCCCAAUAAUCAAUUAAAACCGUGCUGCAUGGAGGCUUUGGGUCUGAGGAUGAUGUAACUUUAGCCCCGCAGCAGAUCGCCCACUAGCUUGAGAACUCCAAGAAGACUCAGCUGUUUGUAUCGAGAUGCUUCUUUCCAGGUUAAACUGGAUGCUUUUGCCUCGCUAAUUAUUUAGGGCGACAAUGUUGUGGUUUUUAUUCUGGGCGAAAGCCUGGGGAGCAUCAUAAGAGGGAGGAUCAACUUAGCUAACGCAACGUUAGCAUGUGACUGAUAGUCAACGGUGCUCUGCUUUCAAUUCAGGUUUUUUUUUCUCUCAAAGUAACAAAACACUUCUGUGGAGAAUUUAGACAUUGAACAUAUCAGUUAAAAAACACAAAAAACAUUAUAAAAAACUGUAUAGAAGAAGUGGACCUAGUCACGGUUGAGUCCUCCAUCUUGGUUGUUGGAACCAUUAGCGGCACAUAAGGGCGGAGCUAAAUACAACGGAAUGCCAACGUUUCUAAGAGACCAAUCUGUUACAAUUACCUUUGAUGAAGUAAAAAACACACUGUGAAGGGGUUAAAGUUGUUAAAUGCUGUAAUAGGGACCUGUCAAUCAGCGUGUAGCUCCGCCCUUAAUCAUACCCUGCUUUGCGGUCUUUGGCGUCAUGUUCGAUGCAUUCUGGGAUACGCUCCCACCUCCUUCCAACCCCGAACCCUAAAGUGGCUGCUAUAUGUAGCUUUAUCGCUAACAUAAAAUGAAGGAAUCUGCCACUUCCUGGUGUGACUGGGUCCUGAUGCUAUCUAUGCUAUCUCUAACAUGGAUUUACACAGCGAGUUUUCUCUCGUAGUACAAGUACACAGUGUUCAGGGUACAGAUGAAAUGAAAACAAUCCAAAAAUAACAAUAAUGUUUAGUCAAGCUAUCAAUGUGAUCGGGGAGGGAGGGUGGGGAGUUAUUUAUUUACAACAAUUUAAUAUUUAUGAAUCUAAUCUAGAUAUUUACUACAUGUGCAGUUCAUACCGUAUACUUGAAUGUGUGUGUGUGUGUGUGUGUGUGUGUGUGAGUUUGAGUGUGUUGACGUAGCAAAAGGUUUUUUCUUAAAGCUUGUUCCCUCACACACAAACCUAUAUCGACAUGAAAGAAAAUCCUGAACGCAACCACAGGAAUUCAAGUCGUACUGGGGCGGUUGAUGAAGAGGAGGAGGAGGAGGAGGAGUGAUGUACUGUUGCACAUGGGACAACAGUGACGUGUAACACAGACGGAGGUGAUGGUGUAAAACACUGACACCACCUGCUGGUCCGCUCCAAUGUUUAUAUGUUUGUUUUUUAAGGAUUUGAUUGGUUGAUUGUGUUUUUUAA